AUGGCGGCGGCGGUGGCGGCGGCGGGCCGGGCGUGCGCCCGCGGAGCGCUCCGGGCGGCCUGCAGAGGGUUUGCUCCUGUGGCAGUGAGGGGGAGUUGCAGCUCCUACUCCAGCCUGGCAUGGGCUCUCCAGACACGGUGCUCCCUCUCUGCCCCCUGGACUGGGACCCUGGAGCAGUGCAGGAAGAGCAGUUUCUUCAAUACCUUGACAGCUGAUCAGCUAUGGAAAGGAGCUUUGGCAGAGACUGGCGUGGGAGUAAAGAAAGGAAGAGGGAAGAAAAGGAAGAAGAAGCUGAGGAAGAACCUCAAUAGAGGCCAGGAGAUUGGUGAAGGACGCUCCGGUUUCCUCUGGCCUGGCCUUAACGCUCCUGUGCUGCAAACUGGGAAAGUGCAGGAAGUUUCCCAGCGGAAAAAAGAAGAACGAGAGAGAAUUCAGACUGAAAUUAUUCAGCAGAGAGAUAUGUGGGAGAAGAAAAAGAAAAUAAAAAUAAAGAGAGAGGGAGGCUGGAGCGGGAAGUGUUGGGGAGGUAUCCUUCUGAGUCCUCCUGACCCUGGUCCUAAUGGAGAAACCUAUGAAGAUUUUGAAACAAGAGUCAUCGAGGUGAGAAAUGUGUUUUGCAUGAAGGCAAAGGAAGGCAGGAAGAAAUCAGUGCGUGCCCUCGUGGCUGUGGGGAACGGCAAAGGGGCUGCAGGUUUUGCAAUAGGGAAGGCAGGUGACAGGACGAAUGCUUUGAGGAAAGCAAAGAAUAAAGCAAUAAGCUCCUUACACUUUAUAGACCUGUAUCAGAACCACACAAUUUACCACGACAUCUCUGUGAAAUUCAAAAGGACAAAAAUCCGCAUGAAGAAACAAAACAAAGGGUAUGGUCUGCAUUGCCACCGAGCCAUUAUCACCAUCUGCAGGCUGAUUGGCAUUCAGGACAUGUAUGCCAAGGUCACUGGGUCUAAAAACCUGCUCAACAUCACCAGAGCUCUCUUUAGGGGCUUGACCCUCCAGGAGACUCACCAGCAGCUGGCAGACCAGAAGAGUCUCUACGUGGUGGAGUUCCGGGAGGAGCAGGGCCCCCUGCCCAUCGUGGUGGCCCUGCCCCAGGGGCCUGUCCGUGAGGAGCCCGAGCCUGAGCCCGACAUUCCAGACACAAAGCUGGAGUGGAGGGAGGUAAAAGAAGCCCAGGGCAUGCUGAAAUCUCCCUGGGCGAGCGUCAGACGGGCGGCGUGCUGACGGCUCGGGGCGCUCCGUGUCCGCGGCUCACAGCCUGGCCCGGGGCUGCAGGAGCAGGGCCGCGGGAGCUGGCGGUGCCAUCGUGGCACUGCUGCCGUGCAGGAGCACUGUCUGCUUUCCCACAGUUCCCCUGAGCGCUGUCUGAGGGGAUUGUGCAGGUGGGAGCGCUCUGAGCUUUGGCUUCGCGCCUGCGUUCAGUCCCUUCCAGAGGAUGGUUUGUAAUCGGGAGCUCCCGUGUUCCCUUUCACAAGCUCUUGGGGAGCUGUGGAGAACACAGGACUGUGAAGGCAAUAAAGAAUCACCAGAGUGGGUUUAA